UCGGAUUCCACGACCAGCCUUUUUUUACGUCCUUCCCCCGCGUCGGUAGAAAUCUGUUAUCAUGUCGAAGAGAGGUCGUGGCGGUGCCGCCGGUAACAAGCUGAAGAUGACCCUUGGUCUUCCAGUUGGUGCAGUUAUGAACUGCUGUGACAACUCCGGUGCCCGAAAUCUCUACAUCAUCUCCGUCAAAGCUACCGGUGCCCGCCUGAACCGUCUUCCUGCUGCCGGUGUUGGUGACAUGGUUAUGGCCACCGUCAAGAAGGGAAAGCCAGAAUUGAGGAAGAAGGUCAUGCCCGCUGUUGUUGUCCGACAAAGCAAGCCAUGGAAGCGACCUGACGGCAUUUUCCUCUACUUCGAGGACAACGCUGGUGUCAUUGUCAACGCCAAAGGUGAAAUGAAGGGAUCCGCCAUCACAGGACCAGUUGGAAAGGAGGCCGCAGAGCUAUGGCCUCGUAUUGCCAGUAACUCCGGUGUUGUGAUGUAA